AUGGCCGCACCAGUGACACUCCCCUCCAUCCAGGAUCCUCACGGAGCCUAUGGCCAGCCCGCAUACCCCAGGUCGUACCCUCCUGACCCUCGAGGUGACCCGCGCGCCGACCCUCGCGCCAGCAACUACAGCGCAUCGCCCAAUUCCGUGAACGGCUACCCGCCACCGCAGCCGGGCGGCCACCCGCCUCAACUGCCGCCGUUGCAGCCUCCUGGAGACCCAAGAUCCCCCACCUACCCUCCCCCGCCAGACGCGAGGGACGACUACUACAGGAGUCGCCAGCCUCCUCCUCCGCCGCAAUACGGCGGCGACCCCUAUUACCAAGACUACCACAACCGUCAAGGCCCGCCGCCGCCGGGUCGCUAUCCCGACUAUCCUCCUCCCGGCCCGGGCGGUCCACGGUACGACUAUCCCCCGGGCGCGCCUCGAUACGACUAUGGCCCAGGAGGACCUGCUAUGCAGCAAGCAGCGCCUCGGCAGCGCACAUCCAUUGCUUGCAGAUAUUGCAGGAAGAGAAAAAUUCGGUGCAGUGGCUACCAAAGCGCCCCAGGCGGCAAAUGCGUCAACUGCAGCAGGAUGAACCAGGAAUGCAUCUUUCAGCCUGUCUCUUCGUCUAGCUCGACAGCUUUCGUUCCCGUAUCCGCGAUCCAGGGUGGCGUUCCACCGGGCACGCCGCUCUACGGAGCCUACGGACAGCCUUUGCCUCCCGGCUCAUUGCCUCCGCCGCCCUCUCAGGGUUACCCUCCUCAGCCUGGCAAUGGGUACUACCAACAGCCCCUGCCAUCUCCGACGGGCGGCUACUCCCCAUACGAUGCGCAACGUGCGGGCAGACGGCGGCCGAGAGACGAUGAUGUCGAUGAACUCAGGCCCCCUCCGCCUGACCCGAACUCGUCAGAUGAUCCUCGACGUCGUUCGCCAGCCUCGAGCUCGAACCAUAGCAGUCCGGGCGGUUACAUGGCCUAUCCGCCUGCUGGACCCGGUGGCUACGACCCAAGAGGUCCCCCGGCAAGACAUAGCCCCGGACAGCCAGCGGCCGCAGCCCCGCCGCAAACUGUGGACGAGCGGGCCGCAGCCGCAACACAGCGACAAAGCAAUUCUUCAACUCCUGCAGCGUCGUCUAGCUCUGUAAUGAGCCUGAACAACUUGGUGGACACAAAUCCCAACGACAUUGAUAGAAAUAUGCUUGGAAGACUAAACCGAGGUCCCCCGGGAAGCCAGAGGAAGUAA